AGAAUCGUAUAUUGAAGAUGUUUGAAUUUCAGAAUUUCACAAUGAUAUCAAUUUGCGUUCAGACACGAAUGGGCCCAGAAGAUAUAACAGCUUCAUAGCCCAUCAAUGUUCUGGUUCAACUUCCGAUUUUAAAUACCGAUUGUUCAAUUCGAUAAUGAAUAUUGAAUAGAGCAUAUAUUUUCGAUGACCCGUCCGUUCUGUCCUUCUGGGACUAGCUUCAACAAAUUGAUUCUCCAUGGAUUAUCACCAACCACGAUCUAACCUUUAAACAUCGGAACAAUAGACCAUCAAAAGCAAUGCUACUAUGAUAAAUGACAGAGUACAAGGCGUCUUACAGAAACGAUCAUCCCCAGCUCGCUGGAAACCAAUACCAAGCACUAGACACGACUGUAGAACAUAGCACCAAAACAGCUAAACAUGCAAACGAAUCUAGAUCCAGCUCCUGUGACUUCAAUUUCAUGCAUGCAAUAGGAUAUGGAUGUCCUGGGCGGAUCUAUGCCUUUGUUUGUGCGAGUCGUAGCAGAAAUAUCGCCAUCGUACCACCGCACUAGCAGGGCUUCAGGCUGAUAGGUAUUCCAAGCAGCUUCAUGCUUGAGAAAGAAAUGACUAUCCCGGAGAAACAUGUGUCGCGUCUAACAUGCAACUAUACAUUCGGCAUCGGCAUAGUGCAUUUGUGCCGCUUUGAUCAGCAUUGGUGGUGUCGCACAUGUCAUAUUAAUCCAAUCAUAGAUUAUUAGAAGCCAUGAUAUGCAUUGUUAGACAAAUGGAGAAUAAAGGGAGAGCCGAUGGGGCCUAGAAUAGCUUCAGCUUAUUUCUCGGUUCGGUAUGAUAUGUUGGAGACUUUAGGUUGGGCAUUUCAUUUGGAGCAUCGGGCGCAAAUCCGAUAUGCAACAAAACUUCUUGUGUGAGACCCGAAAGACCGUUAGAAGGAUGAUUGUGUGACAGGUGGUUACUCAAGUCAUGUGGUUGCAAUAAAUUCUGGAUAUACAUUGACUUGCGCAUUAGGCCUUAAUUUUUACCCCACCUGAAAUUUAUACGGUAGCCGAAAUAAUUUAUCGAGUUUUCGAGAUUCUUGACUGAUGAGGAAGUAAUCUGGAGCCGGUGAUUGCAUCGCCAUUGACAACCUCAACAUAAGAUGUCGACCUCUACAGUUAUUCGACCUGCAGUUCGCAGUCUGCUACGAGUACGAAAGGCAGCAAAUACCCCGCCAGCAUUCCUCCUUCCCUGCCUACAAAGCUCCUCCACAACUUCAUCAUGCACUCAAUCCACCUCCUUCUCUACCAGCAGCACAUACCUAUAUCCCCGGGAUAUGAACCGUCUGCGCGGAGUAUCUACACAAAGACGAACGGGGCCCCGUCAACCUCUCUCAGUAUCCAAUGCGAAACUACCCCAGCCAGUCCUAGAUGAAUCGAAACGAUUAAAAGUUAAGGUUGAUGAGAAUCACGGGUUAUAUGAUUUUUUCAGACAUAAGGAUAAGGCACUUAGCACGCCAGCUGAGGAGGGAAGUCAUGGUAGACCAUGGAGCGCAGAGGAGCUGAGGGGGAAAAGCUGGGAAGAUUUACACUCUCUUUGGUGGAUUUGCUGUAAGGAGAGGAAUCGCAUUGCCACGGAAAGUUACGAGAGACAGAGGUUGGAGGCGGGUUACGGCGAUGAGGAUGCGGAGAAGAGGGAUAUGACUGUUCGGAGAACACAGAGAGCUAUCAAACAAGUUUUGACUGAAAGAUAUUAUUCGUGGCAAGAAGCGGAGGUUAUUGCGAAGGAUGAUCCAGAAAUUGACUUUUCAGGCGAAGGACCAUUAUACACCCCCAGAGAUUUUGAGGAAGAUAUUGAGGAGGAUGUGUUGGCUGAAGCUGAAGGAGAGGCAGAGCCAAAGCCUGCUCAGGUUACGGCUUAGAUCAUGGAAGAUGUAUGAUAGAGGAUCAUACCCCUUGAUCAAAAACAAUGAGUCUUAGGGAGGGAGAUGUGUCUCCAAUUGGCAUGAAUGAUUUGGUUUCCUACAGCCAUCAUCUGUAUAAGUAGAAACGCAUAUGGGGCAAAACAGCUAUGGCCGCAUUAUGCAUUUAUGUGAAUCUGAGAAAAGGAUUAUCUGUGUCUAGAACAAUUGGAAAGAUUGAUACUGUACAAAUAGAAUCUUUCAAUACUUGGUACUGUUCAGAAAGAUAUCAAAGUGAAAGUUUCAAUAUAUGUGAGUACCGUUAGAAAUUCAAAUUAACAGAUUCCAUGCACCAAAUACAUAUAUCAAUUUGU